AAAUAAAGGUCACUGUUCAUCUUCUUCUCCAAUCCCUCUUUGUAAUAUCUUCCACUGUGAUUACCACUUCCAAAAGGAGUUUCAAUUCAUUUCCAAUUUACUGAACAAAAAUUGGAAUUUCAUGCCAAUUUGCUCUCAAGAUGCGAAUUCUUAAAUGGGUCGGCUAAAAUAGCUGCCAAACAGGUAGUGUUAUAGCUACCAACAGGCAGCUUUUUUUUUGGGCCGGCCAAGCUCGAGCUGAAUCCCCCGAAAUGGGGCUCAGCCCGAGUCUUGGCUCAGUGCCUCCAAAUCUCGAGUCGGGCGAGCUUUUUCCGAACUGAGCCAGACAAGCCCGGUUGCCAUCCUAACAUAUAUGUCCUUUCCCGCUUUAUUCAUCACCAUAACUUCUGCCACGGCACUUCCGCAGAUGUUCACUGUCAUUAUAUGACGCUGAAUGUUGUUGUUUGGCGAAAUUACAGUUCAUGUGGCAGAAAUUUAUUACUGUACCAGUAAAUCUUCUGGAGACCAUGGGACCAAUGCACCCAGAUUUACCUUCAUUAAUGAAAGAAAAAGGGAAAUAAACCAGCCGCUAUUUAGGAUAAGUACCCCAACGAGUUUAUUCUACUUCAAAAAUGGUCAUUCAGCAAGUUGACAAGAGAUUGCUUAGUGAACUUGAAGCAAUGGGAUUUUCCGAGGCCCAAGCGAGAAAGGCCCUUCAUCAUUCUGGUAAUUUAAGUAUCGAGGCUGCUGUAAACUGGAUUAUUGACAACGAGAAUGAUGCAGCCACUGAUGAGAUGCCAAUGUGCCUGCAGGAUCCAGUAAACAUUGAAAUUGAAGAAAUCGACCCCCGUCUCAUUUCCGAAGAAGUGAAGUUGUGCGCACAGGAAUUAAGAAAUCGAUCACGUAAAAAGAAAGCAGAGGAAAAGAAGAAAUUUGAAAGUGAAAGGGAGAAGGAGAGGAUUAGGGUAGGUAAAGAACUGUUAGAGGCAAAGGAAAUGGCAGAAGAACGUGAAAGAAAACGUUUUUUGGCCCAAAGGAAAGCUGAGAAAGAGGAAGAGAGAAGAGCAAGGGAGAAAAUUCGUCAGAAACUUCAGCAGGAUAAGGCGGAAAGAAGGGUGGGACUAGGAUUGCCCAGGGAAGCUGUGGAAGGUGCUACAUCUACAAUACCUGCCACAUCAUUGUUGCAAGGAACAAGGAACUCAUCGACAUAUGACUCUGUUGUAUUGCCUGUUAAGCCUGCUGAAAAAGCGGAACUCCUGAGAGAAUGCUUAAGAACUCUGAAGCGCCAUAACAAGGAGGACAAUACAGUGACAAGGGCAUUCCGAACUCUCUUGAUUUAUGUCAGAAAUGUUGUGAAGAAUCCUGAAGAAGGAAAGUUCAGAAAGAUUAGAAUCAGCAACCCGGCGUUCCAGGAUCGCGUUGGAAAAUUCCGGGAUGCUAUCAAGUUUCUUGAACUCUGUGGAUUCGAGAGAGUUGAGGGAGGCAACUUUUUGUUUCUACCAAGAGAAAAGAUUGACAUGGGGGUGCUGAAAGUAGCUGGAGCUGAGUUGCAGAAUGCUAUAACAAAUCCUUUCUUUGGACUUCUAUCAAGAUAAGUCGCCAUUAAGUUUUCUUCGAGAAUUGACAGCUCGAUGGAUGUACCUCAAAUUGAUUUGAAUCCUUGGUGUUGAAGAACUAGAUAACACUGCAAGAUUGUUCAUUUAUUGAUUUUUCACUAUUGUCUCUCUUACUAUUCAUGGGUCUUACAGAUUUCGAAUGGAAAAUGAAAUUAUUUGCAAAAAUGGGGCUCAAACUCACGCUUGUAUAUACAUAAUUACAUUUAUAUAAACAAAGCAUGAAAUAAUUGACUAUCA